CCCACAUUCUGCGCUUUCUACACUGCUCGCUUUCAGGACGACGGCUCUCCUAGAUGGCAAGAGUAACUACAUUUCGUGGUCACCAUUGGCCAAAAUGGAGCACAUUAACCUGUCUUACAAUUCAUCUUACAAGUUAUAUUGGUCUCACUGCGGUCUCAUGUCUAGAUCCAGUGUUUUGGGUUAAUCCCUUUGGAAAUGGGAGUUAUGAUGGCAACAACAACAUCCCUCUCAAAGUUGUGAGCAUUACAGGCCUUGUCUUCUGUGUGCUCUUCCUCUGCAUAUACCUCCGAAUAAGUCGCUAUCUAGUGCCGCAAGCGGUCGCACUCAUCUCUUUUGCUCUCGCUGUCGCGUGGAUUGCUCUGAUGAGCUACAAUAGUCAAGCAUUGAAAGACAUGCAAAUGGGAUCCGGUUAUAGCUUCACCACAAUAAUAGACGAUGGCGCCGAUCUCCAGAAAUUUCUUGCAGCAUACUGUAUGAUGACAUUUGUUGUCGUCUCGAGUGUGGACUUAAUCCUACUCGCCGUCUACGUCCUUUUACACUCAGAAAACUCCACGUCAGCACUUCAACUCUCAUCUAUGGGAGAAAAUAAAGCAAGAACGCCACCGAACGACCAAGUGGCAUGGAGUUCAACUCUCCCUGAGGCCAGAGACAGUCCGACUCAAUAUCCUUUCACUGCGCAGGAGUUGGCUGGACAGCCCACUCAACGAACGGCGCUUCCCACCAGUGCGACGACCACCAGAGCCGAAAAUUUCCAUAACCUUGCUGAAUUGGAGGCCGGAGUUUCAGCGAAUGUCAGAAAACCAUCUGCUCGACAACUCGUGAUCGAUGGCGUGGUUUUCCAAGCCGUGGAGUGAGAAUUGCGGAUCUUCCGCCAAAUUCAGCCUCGCUCGCUUGGUUUGUCUUUUCUAGGUGGGAAAUGGUGAGUAGCGCAUAUCUUUUCGCUCUCAUUGGACCACAACCAUACCAUUGUUGUGGCUUGGUCGUAUGAUAUAAUACCACAUUCGGCUGGAUACAGGAAUAAUUAUUAUGAUAUGCUUGGAAGCCCAUCAUCCAUAAGACUGUUAUUGAGGAGACAUAUCGUUGUUUA